AUGAAAGAGCCGUAUCUUAAAAUGAAAGAAUGGAAAAAGGUUGGAAACAUUGUUGAACUGGUAAAUGCAAUAGAUUGUUUAGAACGAUAUCCCUUGUCCAGUUCAGACCAGGAAGAGUUCGAAGAUGGUUCAGGCGCCAUACUGAGAUGUGAAACAUGCUUUUUUCUUAACAAAGAUAAGGCUGUGAAGCUCACGCCAGUUAGAGCUGCCAAAAAGCUGGCUGCUGAUUGCUCAAGCAUUUGCACAGGAAAAUAUCUGAGUCCAGAUAGAAUGGAAAGUCUUAUGAAGGGUGAAGGAAAUUACUGGAGAAAGUUGAAAAGUUCGAUUUUGCAGCAUAUGAUAUGUGCUAAUGAUGGCCAAACACAUUUCAAAGCUCUUUCUGCUGUCAACGAAGAAAGAAAUUUAAAGCAAAAACAUUAUGAUGCUGCUAAAACCUUAGUGAAAAGCGUAUUAACAGCUGUCAAGGCUAAAUCAGCUGCGAUACAUUAUGAACAGCAAAUCACUUUUGCAUAUUCUGUUGGAGCUCAAGUCGGGCAAUGUGGACAUUCCAGGAAAGUAGUCCCUGAUCUUGUCAAGUGUUUGCUGCAAGUCAUAAACGAGAAAACGAAAGAAGAAUUGCUGAAAUGCAGCACCUGCAAUGACUGA